CCCGGGAAGCGUUGUGCGCUCAGAGCGCCACAGCCUGGCGUCUGUCUGGUUGCUCUGGAGCCGGCUGGCGUGGCCGCCUGCUGGCUCGCUUCCUGGUAUGGGGAGCACUGAGAGCCGCGAGGGCAGCAGGGUGUCCUUCGGAACGGAUGAGGAGGAGCGGGUCCGGGUGCUGCAGGGCAUCCGGCUGUCUGAAAAUGUGGUUAACCUCAUGAAGGAUUCCAGCCAGCCUUCCCAAGUGGGGCAGCCAGCCCCUCCGGCCCCUCCACCUCCUGCAUUUGGCACCUCUAAAGGCCCGGAAAAAGACUCCAAACUGCUGAGGUCGGAGUGCGGCAGUGGCCAGCAGUCUUUGGGGAUGGAAGAGGAGCUCCUCAAGAGGUAUAAGCAGGAGUUGGCCACAGUCCAGGAUGAACUAUUCCAGAUGGUGACGAGGGAGAGAGAGGCAGCCAAGAAGCACCAGAAUGUGGCCCUGCAGCAGAGGGAGGGUGGCGCUGACCAGGAGAAGCGGAAGGCGGCCCGGCUGCAGGCCAGGGCUCUGGAGAGCCAAGAGGCAGAGCUGAGACGCUGGGACACCCUCUAUAAGGAGCAGCUGGGGAGCAUUGAGAGGAAGAAUGCUGAGAUGUAUGAACUGUCUGCACAGCAGUUCAACGAGGCAGCUUUGAGAAUGGAGGGCACGAUAAAGCCCCGCAGGCUGGAGCCCGUGUGCUCAGGGCUGCAGGCCCAGAUCCUCCGCUGCUACCGGGACCACCUGCAGGAGGUGCUCCUGUGCUCAGACCUAGUCAAGGCCUACCAGCACUGCGUGAACACUGCCCGCAAGGGUUGAGGAGCAUCCUUCAUUGCCAGUGAUUUGGAGCCUGAAGAAGGGACCAGCUGUGGGGCUACAGCCCCUGGGCCAUAGCCAUUAUCUGCUGGGUGCCUCUGGACACCUCUAUGCCUGGGGCUGUUGAAUGCUUAAGAAAUACAGAAUGUGCUACUCUCUGAAAAAAAAAUAAAGUGAAUGUCUUCGUUUGCA